UACUGAAAUCUGGUUUCUCCGCCCCGAGUUACACACACACAUUUCUUGUCUGUAUGGGGUUUGCAAUGCAAUAAUGUUGAGCUUUUUUUGUUUUCAAAUGUAACCUUUCUGAGAUGUUAAAAAGGGGGAUUUACACAUGUGUCUGUUUUUACCUGUGGCUUUUAGAGGGUUUUAUGUUGACACAUCAGCAACUUCAGACAAACACUGUAGAGAACUUAAUCACAUCACCAGCAGUUUUUCGUGGAGAUGAACCAAAGACAGUUUCAGUGACUGAGGGAGAUUCUGUCACGCUAAACACUGGUGUUACUAAAAUACAGAGCAAUGAUCAGAUACUGUGGACAUUUUGGCUUAAAAAUACAGAGACUCGUAUAGCUGAAAUCUAUAAAGAGAGAAAAUAUAUAUAUGAGAAUGAGAUAUUCAGACACAGACUACAGUUAGAUGAGAAGUCUGGAUCUCUGAUCAUCACAAACAUCAACAAACUGCACUCUGGACUUUAUAAACUAAUGAUCAUCAGUGGAGGGGUCAAACACAGACAUUUUAACAUUGCUGAUUAUGCACCUCUAACUGUUCCUGUGAUCAGCGAUUCUCCUCCAAACCCUUCAGUAUCAAAAAGAUCCUUAAACCAGAACUGUUCGCUGGUGUGUUCAGUGGUGAAUGUGAGUGCUGUGAGUCUCUCCUGGUACAAAGGAAACAGUGUAUUGUCCAGCAUCAGUGUGUCUGAUCUCAGCAUCAGUCUUUCUCUACCUCUGGAGAUUGAGUGUCUGGAUGACUCCUACAGCUGUGUUGUGGCUUACUCAUUCACAAACCAGACUACACACCUCAACAUUACUCAGCUAUGCGGGACAUGUUCAGCAACCAGACAACUCUUUAUUCAGAAAGCUCUAAUAAUUACUGGUGUAGUCCUGUUGUUGUUGUUGUUGCUGGUGGUCACAGUUGGAGUUAUGAAGUUCUGGCACAGGAGGAACAACAAACCAGCAAUUGAAACUACAGAAGAAGAGGUCGUUUAUACUGAUGCAACAUUUACUACACACAGAGCUCCAGAUACUAAAACUAAGGGACUGGAUCAGACCGAGUAUUCAGAAGUGUUUCUGAGAUGAUGAGCAAGUCUGGUCAUGGAGAGAAUGCCCUGUUGUUUUCAGGAAGCAGCAGCAUGUUGGAAUGGAUGAGGGUAUACUGUAGCAAUGCAAAACUGCAGCAACUGUCAGUAUGGUUUCAGUAUUCAUGCUAUACACACCAGUAAAGUCCACAUUAACCAGAAGCUGCGACUGUUUUUUUCAUAUUGUGAAUCGAUUCCUAGAGAAACGAAAAAUUAAAUGAGACGGUG